AUGCAAAAGCUUUACCCGGAAAGCUCGAUCAACACGAGCAGCAGUAUGGCGGUCGGUGGUGGUACCGGUGGUGGCAACAUGAGCCCAAUGGCCACCACGUACAGCAGCAUGAACAGUAUGGGUAUGGCGGUGGGCGGCAUGACGUCGGUGUCACCGCAGGGCGGUGGGUUCGGGGCGACGGUACUCGGCAGCCCGGGGAUGGGUGGGAUGGGUGCCGCCAUGAACAGCAUGUCGGGCAACUGUCUCACCUCGACACCGAUCGGCUACAGCUCGAUGGGCUCGCCGAUCAGCAAUAUGGGGUCGUGCAUGGGGGGCAACGGUAUGAGCACGAUGGCGGCCAUGUCCGGGUACUCGAGCGUGGCCGGAAGCCGCGAAGUGCUGGGCGACCCCAGCUCGCCCAACUCGGUGGCGUUGCAGCGGGCGCGGACCGAGAAACCGGCCGCUACCUACCGGCGGAACUACACGCACGCGAAACCACCCUACUCGUACAUCUCCCUGAUCACGAUGGCCAUCCAGAACAACCCGCACAAGAUGCUGACGCUCGCCGAAAUAUACCAGUUCAUCAUGGAUCUGUUCCCGUUCUACCGGCAGAACCAGCAGCGGUGGCAGAACUCGAUCCGGCAUUCGCUCAGCUUCAACGAUUGCUUCGUGAAGGUGCCACGCACGCCGGACAAACCGGGCAAGGGUUCGUUCUGGACGCUGCAUCCCGACUCGGGCAACAUGUUCGAGAACGGGUGCUAUCUCCGGCGCCAGAAGCGCUUCAAGGAUGAGAAGAAGGAGGUGCUGCGGUCGCUCCACAAGAGUCCGGCCCACGGGGGCAGCCUGGAUGCGGUCGGCAGCCCGGACAAGAAGGACCCGAACGAGGAGCACCAUCAUCAUCACCAUCACCACAGCCACAGCCAUCACAGCCACCGGACGGAGCAUGUGUCGAAGCUCAGUGCGGCCGACACGCACGGCAUGCUGAACAGUGCGCAUGGUAAAGACGCGGACGCGCUGGCAAUGCUGCACGCGACGGCCGACUUAUGCUUAGCCCAACAAUCUCAUUCACAGCAUGGUGGUUCGCACCACCCUACGCACCACCACCACCACCAUCCGGCGCACCAGCAGCUGCAGCAGGAGGAAUUGACGGCUAUGGUAAAUCGUUGCCACCCUUCGCUGCUUGGUGAAUACCAUUCAAUGCACCUGAAGCAGGAACCGGCCGGCUACACGCCCUCUAGUCACCCGUUCUCGAUCACGCGGCUGCUGCCGACCGAGUCGAAGGCCGACAUCAAGAUGUACGAAAUGAGCCAGUACGCGGGGUACAAUGGGCUGAGUCCGCUGCCAAACUCGCACGCGGCGGCGGCCGCCCUCGGGCAGGACUCGUACUACCACCAGAGCCUCGGUUACCACCAUGCGUCCACGGGCACGACCAGCUUGUGA